AUGGCUGCCGCGAGGGUUGAGUUGGCCUUCUACCAUGGUGCGGCGGCAACGACGCUUUUCACCAUGUCUCCCCGUGUCAACGUCCGUCCGAGAGCUAAUCGCAACGGCAGACCUUUCGAUGUGGUCGUCGUAGGUGGCGGACACGCAGGAACCGAAGCCUGCGCGGCAGCCGCACGAUCAGGCGCGAGAACGGCGUUAGUGACCCCGAAGAUCGACAACCUCGGAGUAUGCUCCUGCAACCCAAGUUUCGGCGGGAUAGGGAAGGGGACGAUAUUACGCGAGAUCGAUGCCUUGGACGGAGUUUGUGGGAGGGUAAUAGACAAGGCCGGUGUCCAGUUCAAGAUCUUGAACCGGAGGAAGGGCCCCGCGGUAUGGGGACCACGAGCCCAGAUCGAUCGGAAGCUAUACAACAAACACAUGACGGAGGAGUUGCAAACAUAUCCGAACCUAUCUAUCAUCACCGGCAGUGUGUCCGACAUCGUGACAGACAGCAGCACGGACCCGAAUAACACGACGAAGGGUAGGAUAACGGGUGUGCGGCUUGAAUCGGGCGAGAUAUUACCAACAAGCCAGGUCAUUAUUACAACUGGAACUUUUCUAAGCGCAGAGAUACAUAUCGGGCUGGAGACGUUUCCCGCUGGUCGCAUGGGAGAAGAUGCGACCUUUGGGCUGAGCAAGUCGCUGAAAGAAGCCGGGUUCAAGCUCGGAAGGCUUAAGACUGGCACGCCCCCUCGGAUAGCCAAAGGAAGCAUCGACUACAAGGCUCUCGAAGUUCAGAAGGGAGACGACCCGCCAGAACCUUUCAGCUAUCUACACGACAAGGUGGCGGUGGAGGAUCAGCUCCUCUGUUGGGCGACGUACACGAAUGAUGCAACCCACGAUGUUGUACGAGCCAAUCUGGAAAAUACUAUACAUAUACGGGAGACGGUGAAAGGACCACGAUAUUGUCCCUCGCUCGAGUCCAAGAUCAUCAAGUUUGUCGAGAAGGAGCGGCACAUCGUCUGGCUUGAGCCGGAGGGCUUCGACAGCGAUGUCAUCUACCCCAAUGGACUCUCCAUGACAAUACCAGCUGAGGCCCAAGAGCAACUGUUACGCACCAUUCGCGGGUUAGAGAAUGUACAAAUGACACAGGCUGGGUACGGCGUGGAAUACGACUAUGUCGACCCACGCAGUCUCAAGGCCACGCUGGAGACAAAGGCUAUAUCGGGUUUGUUCCUGGCUGGCCAGAUAAAUGGCACCACAGGCUACGAAGAAGCCGCCGGACAAGGUAUUGUGGCGGGCAUCAAUGCAGGUCGUGCGGCUCAAGGGCUGUCGCCAGUCACGAUCACACGCGCAGACGGUUAUAUCGGCAUCAUGAUUGACGACCUUGUCACCAGGGGUGUCUCGGAGCCCUACCGUAUGUUCACUUCUCGCAGCGAGUAUCGCAUGUCCACGCGCGCCGACAACGCAGACCUGCGGCUCACAGCCAAGGGUCGUGAAUGGGGCGUCGUCUCGGACAAGCGCUGGACUCGCCACACCGACGAAAAGCAACAGAUGGACACGCUCAGCGGACUUCUGAGCGCACACUCCCUCAGCGCACCGGCAUGGAUCAAGCAUGGCUACAAGGUCCGGGAAGACGCCAAGUACCGCAGCGGACUCGACAUCCUGCGUCUGCCCAACAUCGGAGUGAAGGACCUCGUCGAGCAGGUCCCGCUCAUCAGCUCUUACGCCGCGCGCAUCCAGGAGCGCGUCACCAUCGAGGCGCGCUACGCGCCGUACGUGACCAUGCAGCGCGCCGAGCAGGCCCUGUUCCUCAAGGACGAGGGCCUGCGGCUGCCGACGGACCUGGACUACGACACCGUCUUCGGGCUCAGCUUCGCCGAGAAGACCGCCCUGAACGCGACGAAACCCGAGAGCCUCGGCCAGGCACGCCGCAUCGAGGGCGUCACGCCCGCCGGCUGCGUGCGCCUGCUGAGCUUCGUGCAGAGGCAGGACCGCGCGAGGCAGUUCGACGCCCUCGCCGAGAUGGCGCCGCUGGGGAGCGAGGUCGAUACGCUGGACGCGGAGGCCAGGACGAGGGAGCUAUGA